AGCUAUUGGCUGUCCAGAGUGCUGCCUACCCCUUUUUUUAUAGAAGCAAUGCAGCUGUCGGUCUCACAAGCUCACGAUCGCCGCUUGCCGAAUAAGUAGAAAUGGAUAGGAGAUCACUCCUUGGCCUCUUCGUGGCCCUGUGGGCCAGCCAGCUGGGCGUGUGGGCAGCGGGGCGCUGCAAGGUGAACCCCAGGAUCAUCACAGCUCCGCAAGGUGCGAAAGAAUAUAUGUUUCCCAGGAGCGAGAAGUACCCGGUCUUCUACCAUAAAGAGAACAGCUCGGCCAUCUAUAUCGGGGGAGAGGGAAAGCUUUAUUACUACGACUUUGCAACCUACGAGAACUACACGGAAGACUUCCCAGUGAAAAAUGAAGGACAGUGCUUGAUGCCGGGGAGUUUGGAGGACAAUAAAAAUUACCUUACGUUAGUGGAGAAGUAUGGAGACGGGAUGUUAGUGUGUGGGACCGGCGCCUGCGCUCCUACCUGCUGGAACUUGACGCAGAAAAAAGAGAGCACGUCGUGGGAUGGGAGAGGUAUUGCUCCUUUCACCCCUGACUCGAAUACCCUCGUCGUCGUUGACGGUCACGACAUCUACUCCACCAUCAAGAAGAGCCAACAGAAUGGCAAGAUACCCCGUUUCCGUCGAGUGAGAGGGGGUGGAGAGCUCUAUACAAGCGACACAGUGAUGCAGAACCCUCAGUUUGUCAAAGCCACCACAUUAAGGCACGAAGAGCCUCACCAGGACAAGAUUUACUACUUCUUUCGCGAAGACAACCCGGAUAAGAGUCCCGAGGCCCCUAGAAACAUCUCCCGAGUGGCCCAGCUGUGUAAGGAAGAUAAAGGGGGAACCAGUUCGCUCUCUGCUUCCAAAUGGACCACCUUCCUGAAGGCCAGCUUGAUUUGUGUCGACCCGGUCACCAAGGGCAACUUCAACUGGUUGCAAGAUGUCUUCUUUGUCCGUGCGCAUAACUGGCGGCACUCCAAAGUCUACGGGCUCUUCACAAACACCUGGGGAAGCUCUGCUGUUUGUGUCUAUUCCUUUGGGGACAUCGACAACGUGUUUCGGACAUCCAAACUCAAAGGCUAUAACGGACCCAACCCAGACAUCAAGCCUGGGCAGUGCGUUUCCUCCGGACAGCACACCCCGAGCGAGACCUUCAAGAUAGCCGACAGCCACCCGGAGGUGGAGGACCGGGUGGAACCCCUCUCCCCCACUAAGAGCCCCUUAUUCCACAACAAGCACCGCUACCAGAAGAUCGGGGUGCACGAGGUCUUUGCGAGUGACGGACGCCGCUACAACGUGCUUUAUCUGGCAACAGACAAGGGAUCCAUCCACAAGAUCGUGGAGCUGCCGGGCGGGGUGCAGAACAUCAUGGAGCUCCAGGUCUUCCCAAAGAAGGACCCGAUCCAGUCCAUGAUCCUGGACCACGAGAGGGCGAUGCUCUACGUCGGCUCAACAAAAAAAGUCGUGGAGAUACCCAUGGACAUGUGCAGGCUGUAUCGCAACAACUGUGACAGCUGCUUGCUGGCGAGGGACCCGUACUGCGGGUGGUUCAAUGGGAGUUGUCAGUCCGUUUAUCUAAACCGGGAGGUGCGCCAGAACCUGAACCUGGACCCGUGGCAAGAAAAAUGCCAAAAGGGGGAUGUUAAAGAAGUGGAUGACUACCAGAACAUCGCAGUUGUCCCUUUCUCCCGCUACUACCUCAACUGUCCCAUCGAGUCCCACUAUGCCACCUACAACUGGUACCACAACAACAGCCUCAUCAAGACCUGCAACACCACCCACCCCCAGCAGAACUGCUUCCACUUCAUCCAGAACGUGAGCCACGUUCACUACGGCCACUAUGUCUGCGUCUCGGAGGAGGAUGGCUUCAAGCAGGCUCUGGUGAAGGAACGCUUGGUGAACCAGUUCAGGUUCAUGCCCCAGAAGGGUCAGGCCACCAUGACGUUUGGCUCUUGGCUCCAGCUGCUCCUGAUGGUGAUUUUGGUGGAACUCUUCCACUGAACAAGACAGGACUGUGUUCCCACCAUCCUGGCUACUGCUGCUCUUCCUGCACUUGCUGUCCCGGCUCCUGAGGCGAGAUCCCCGUUCUCUUUCUCAUUCCUUGGACUUUAUUCUUUGACUUGUCCCGAAAGGGCUCCUGGGCAGCAAUCCCUCCAUCUGCGGCCUUGGUGGAAGAGUUGUGGUGAGGAAGGAGCGACUGCAAGGCCAAGAUGGAGCAGGGUUUGGGGACGGGGAGGGAAGGGGGUAGCCUAACGCGCAGGGGACGUUCGCCGUACCCAGGGGCGCAGAGAAGGGGAGCGGUGUCGGCCUCUCCCCGAGCCCACGCCAGUAGCUCUGUACCGGUUAUCGGCCUGAGCCCACCCAGGGUGCGGACUUCUGCCACGACGACGUGCAUGCACUGAUCCUGGGGCACGAUGACUCCUCUCUUUGGGAAUGUGCAUGUGAUGAAGAAGAGGAGCCAGCCCUUUAUCUUUCUAAGUGGUUGAUCUGUGCUUCGCUCGAGAGAGAGAGAGCACAGGGACUGAUGCCUCCCAAGUUUUCAGUGGCUAAUGUCUGUUUGGGUUGGCAAGCAGCUGGAACGCUCCCGGGGUCACAUAUGAGUCCCCUUCUAGGCUGGAGAAUUGGGCUCUGGAAGGGUUUUAGGGUUCGGUUUAUUGAUUUUUGGUUUGGCAGUUGUGGUGGGGUUUUUUUUACAGCUGGCUUUGACACGGGAGGGAGAUCAGGGAAACUAGGGCUGGAAACCUGCAAGGCAAGGGCAGGCACCGAGUUAGCAUUUUGCAUGGAAAAGCCUCGGAAGGUGACUAGAUUUGGGGUGCAGGGAAGGGAAGGUGGAAGCAGAACCCAAACCAAACCCCGGGGGAGGCCCUGGGAAGAAGUUUUAAACGCACAAAUCCUUUGCAGGCAGCUAAGGGCAUUUAUUUGUGGGCAGCAGGCAGCCCCUGCUCCCAGCACCUCUCCUCGGCGAGAGGGACCCGGCUUCCUCAGGGCAAGCGGCGGCAGGCUGCCGAUCUCAGGGCGAUGCCCGCGGGCUGGGAGGGGGGCUGCGAGCUGUCUCCGCCGCCCGGAGCAGAUCAGCCUCCCUCUCCCUUGCAGUGAGGGGACAGAGGGAGGCCCAAGGUUGAUUCCCUUGGGCUUUGAGGUCUCCGAGCAAGACUAAACUGUGAAAAAGGGGAUGCUGUCCCCGUGCCUGGGGGCGAGGGGCGAUCCGGAGCCUCGGCCGAGCCUUUCCCAGCCCUCUUGCCCGCUGGAAUGCCCCCAGCCUCGGGCCAUGUAACGGGAGGGGGGGCACAGUAUCUUACGCUUCCUCUAACCUGUCACAGCGGCACAGCUCCUGCUUCGUGCCUGCUCGGAGACGCUCAGGAGUGCCCGAGGGCUCUUUUUUUUUUGGCGAGGGGGAGAGAUGCCACGUCCCUCUCACGACUGCAGACUAUGGACAACAGGCCAGAGCUUCCUACUGCACUACAUUUCCAAGAACCCCACCAACCCUCAGUCUAGGAUAGAGCUUCUGAAAUCCCUUCUCAAAGCACUUUAACUUUGUGAACUAACAAAUACCUAUUUAUUAUUGACUGGUGAUUACUGCACUUGUAUAAUUUUAUAAUAUUAUAGAUAAAUGAGCUCAAAUUAGAAAAGAGGGAGAAAAAAACCAACAACACGACAGCUACCAAAAAAAAAAAAACCAACAAAAAAAACACCAAAGUGAGAAUGUGAUUGUUGAAAUAAAGAAUGGAAAAGAG